AUGCGCUCCACGAUACGAGCACUCACUGCUCUGGCUUCGGUCGCCCUCAUCGCUCCCUCAAACGCCCAGACAUGGUCCAACUGCAACCCCACUCUACGAAGCGAUUGUCCUCCAGACUCCGCUCUCGGGAGAACCGUCAACAUUGACUUCUCGUCUGAGUCGGAGAGUUUCACACCCCAAGGCAAUCCCACUUACGGCGACGAUGGUGUGUCGUUCACCGUCAGACAGUCUGGAGACGCACCUCAGCUUACUUCGCUGUGGUACAUCAUGUUCGGAAAGGUGGACAUUGAAAUUCAAGCCGCACCGGGCGCGGGUAUUGUCAGCAGUUUCGUGCUGCAAUCCGACACACUGGACGAAAUCGACUGGGAAUGGCUCGGUGCAGACCCCGAUGAGGUUCAGAGUAACUACUUCGGAAAGGGCCAAACUACAGACUACAACCGUGGUGCUUUCCACUCCGACCCAGGCAGUCAAUCGGGCUUCAAGAAGUACACCAUUGAAUGGACCCCGGAACAGAUUGUCUGGCAGAUUGAUGGCACCACUGUCCGUACGCUAGAGCCUGCGAAUGCCAACAACCAGUACCCUCAGACACCUAUGCAGGUCAAGUUCGGUGCAUGGAGCGGUGGUGAUUCCGCCAACCCUGCAGGUACCAUCUCUUGGGCUCGCGGACCCACCGACUACUCUCAGGGCCCCUUCACCAUGAAGGUCAAGUCUCUCAUGGUUCAGGACUACUCUACCGGUACUCAAUACGUCUACGGCGACCAAACUGGUACCUCGGGAUCUAUCAAAUCUGUUGGAGGUACAAUCUUCUCUGGUGGUAACGCUCCUAUAGCGGACGCACCGGCCAUCACUGCGACUGCUACUGGCCAGCCGCUGCCCUUUACUCCCCACCAAACCUCCAGUUACAACCGCCCCAGCGUCUACCCCUGGAUUCCCGACCCGUCGGCUACUCCCACUGCGCAACCAACAUUUGCGAACUACCCCGGGCUUCCGAGCGGGUGGACCGUUUCGGAUUCCGGAAAGGUUGUUCCACCCAGCUCAGCCACUGUCAAUGUCCCCUCUCGGUUCCUAUACCUCAUCGCCGCAAGCUUUGCCUACGGGUUCCUCCGACAAUGGGCCUAA